GAAAGGAGGGAGGAGCGAAAGGCUGGACUCAAAACUCACCUUAUACUGUGACAGAGCAGCCCAGGUUACUGCGAUAAACUGUUUAUUUUUUAAAAUCAAACCUCAUUUUUUUCCUAAAUGCGGGCAACCGGCAAUCGAGAUAAAAGGUUCCAGCUUUGUUCUCACAAUUAUUUGGGAUUUACAGUGUUUUCCAAGGGAAAGAAAGAAUUGUGGCUUGCGGAGAAUAUCUUCGGUUUUUAGCAAACAAUAGCUUCAACUUGUGACACCUGGUGAACAGUUUGACAUGUUUCUUGCAUAAUAUAUUUUUCUUUAAAUAAGGCGUCUAAACUGUUGGAGAGUAUACAAAGCGUUCAACUGUCGGAUUCUUACAGUUGGAACAAACACCAGAAAACAACUGACCUUCCAAGAGGACUUUCUGUUUAUAAAGGUGGAUUUCAUAAUAAGGAUCUUUGACUGAUAAAGAAAACAUAUUCUGGGGUGAAGGCGCAGCUAUGAUCCAGGAGAGGUCUCCAGCAGACAGACAUGUUCCUGGAAGUGUUGUGAUUCGGAGCAGAAAGCCUCAGUUCCUGCUGCCCUCCACUAUGGUCUAGUAGACACACAGUGGACAAGAUGGCUUCUGCCGUUGCCAGUGGAAACAAGGAUAAGCAGUCCCUGACUCUGAAUGGGGUGGAUCCUGAAACAUGCAUGAUUGUGUUUAAGAAUCACUGGGCUCAGGUGGUGAAGAUCCUGGAGAAGCAUGACCCCCUGCGUAGCACUGGAGUGGGGCUGGGGGGCUCUGGAGGGGGCACCCGUUUCAUGCCCAUCCCAGGUGAUGAGGCCAGUGCAGUCCAGAACUAUGUGGAGCACAUGCUGUUUCUUUUGAUUGAGGAGGACAGUGGGCGGGAGGGCGCCAUGGGGCCCAUCCUGGAAUUCGUGGUCAUGGAGAACGUGAUGGAGAAGCUGUUUGUGUGGAGCCUGCGGCGCGAGUUCACGGAUGAAAUGAAGAUUGAGCAGCUCAAGAUGUAUGAGAUGCUGGUGGGCCAGUCCCGCCAGCCCCUCCUGCACCACAAGCCUAUACUGCGGCCCCUCAUGAUGCUUCUCAGUUCCUGCUCUGGAGCCGCCACCCCUGCUGUGGAAGCCGAGCUGGUCAUUCUGCUCAACCAGCUCUGCUCCAUCCUGGCCAAGGACCCCUCCGUGCUGGAGCUCUUUUUCCACACCAGCGAGGACCAAGGUGCUGCCAACUUCCUCAUAUUCUCACUGCUUAUUCCCUUCAUUCACCGUGAGGGCACUGUGGGGCAGCAGGCCCGCGACGCGCUGCUCUUCAUCAUGUCCCUGUCUGCCGAGAACAACGUCGUGGCCAAGCACAUUGCAGAGAACACCUACUUCUGCCCGGUGCUGGCGACAGGGCUGAGUGGCCUGUACUCCUCCCUGCCCACGAAGCUGGAGGUCCACAGUGAGGAGUGGCACUGCCUGCACAGGGAGGACUGGAUGCAGGUCCCUUCACUGGUGCAGUUCCUGAACUCCCUUGAGUUCUGCAAUGCUGUCAUACAGGUGGCACAUCCUACUAUCAGAAACCAACUUGUCAGCUAUAUCUACAAUGGCUUCCUUGUGCCUGUGGUGGCACCAGCUCUUCACAAGUUGACAUUGGAGGAGGUGAUGACCACGACGGCCUACCUGGACCUGUUCCUGCGCAGCGUCUCUGAGCCCGCCUUGCUCCAGACCUUCCUCAGCUUCAUCCUGCUGCACAAGCACGAGAAGGUGCACAUCCUGGACACGCUGGUCAGCCGCAUCAACACCCCCUUUCAGCUUGGCACUGUCUCUCUUGCCUUGUUUAGGACUCUGAUUGGUUUGUACUGUGAGGAUGUGAUGUUACAGCUCGUCUUAAGGUACCUGAUCCCUUGUAAUCACAUGAUGCUGAGCCAGCGCAGAGUGGUGAGGGAGAGGGAUUGCUACUCUGUGUCUGCUGCCAAGAUCCUGGCCCUCACUCCCUCCUGCUGCCCUCCAGAGCUCAGCCCGCUGCCCCGGAAACAGCAGCUAGACUGCAUCCUCUGGUCAAAGGGCACAGACAAGCCUCAGGCCAGCGCCAAGGAGCAGCCAUUUUCAGAUGAUGCCAGCCAGGAAUAUUCUUGUAUCAUGGGCUCUGAGACUGUCAUGGAUGUCAGUUACUUGCACUACUUGUAUGAUGCCCGCAAUGGUAUAAAGAAUUGCAUUAGGGCCUGCAGAGUCUGGUCUGCCCCCUAUGAUGGGAAAAACCCACCUCCUGAACAAUACCAGCCAGGCUUAGGGGAGGAAGCAGGCAAACAGCCGAAUCCAGCACUGGCCCAAAGAAAAGGAAGGAGCCAGGUGCCGUCGGACCUCAGCACCACAGGGGAGAGGGCCAUUCCACUGGAGCUGGAGUGGGAUGAUAGUUAUGACACUGUCCUGUCCCCCGAUGGGGGCAAAAACGUCCUUCACAGCCUCCUGGAGGAGAAGGAACCUUGUCCAGUCGAGCCACCCAAGCACAUUCAAGAAAUGAGGAAGAAUGCCAUUAUGCUCAUCAAGGGAUCCUACAUCGAGGAGGGAGACUUUCAAGAUGACGUCAUGGUGUAUAACCUCAUCGCCCAGAAGGACGCCCAGGAUGGCGCGGAGCACCGCACAGCCUCUAGACCGCCGGAGCCAUCGACUCUUCCACUGAGCAAUGGCCUGGCUCCUACGCAACAACCUGGCUCCAUGGAUGAGCAGAACAGGAAGAAUUCUGGCUUGAGCUCGGAGGGGAACUUGAUCAAAAAGAAUAGUAAAACGCCAGCUGAUCACAAGCUCUCUGAGGCAGACCACAACUCCAACCUGCACACUAUGUGCCUCGGUGGAGAGGACCUUAUCUCCGAGUAUGAUGAACUUAUCAAGACACUGGGGGUGGAGCCUGUAAGUCCAGUUAAAUGGGAAAAGGAGUUUACAAACCCCGUCACUCCUGUAGAGGAUGAUAUGGACUUUGCCUCCUUUUCUGUUGACACUCCAGAACCAGAGAAAAUACCUUCUCCGUUUGGGUCAAAGAAUCACACAGGAUAUUCUUAUAGUGGGAAAAGGAGCCCUGGAGUACCUUUCACUGGGCCAUUCAUCAGUGUGCUGCUCUCACGACUGGAGAACAUGCUGGAGAACUCGCUGCACGUCAACCUGCUGCUCACAGGGAUCAUCGCCCAGCUGGCUGCCUACCCACAACCCCUGCUGCGUUCCUUCCUGCUCAACACCAACAUGAUCUUGCAGCCCAGCGUGCGCUCACUCUACCAGGUACUUGCAUCUGUGAAGAACCAAAUUGAACAGAUUGCUUCCACAAAGGCCGACUUCUCCGAGCUAGUGAAGGAUGCACAGCAGUACCUGCUUUACCAAGAGGCUGCGCUUAGAAACAGAGAUCUCAUCCAGGACCUCCUUGUUGUGGAGAACGGACAGAAGCUUCAAGAAGAAGAAACCAGAGCUCAGCUGUUGCCUACCAGCAAGACCAGGAAAGCCUCGCAACAGCCCAAGAUUCCCCCACAGGCAAGAAACGUUGUGUUUGGAACUGUCCUUUUUAUGGAAUUUCUUAAAGAACUUGCAGCCAUUGCACAGGAGCACUCGAUUUUAUCAUACAUUCCAAUGGAAGAAUAGAGUUUUAAUCAAAGCUUGUUUUUAUGCCCAUUUUGUAUCUGGAUAUUUUAUACUUUUUGAGGACUUCGAAAGUUUUAUUUUUAUCUCAUGUUCCUGGCACUACUUGAUGAAGAAGAUACCUCUUUGGUGGAUGGAAACCUUUUUUCUGUCUUAGACUGGAAGAGACCGGGGAUUUACUUAAGGCUGGUGAAUCAUUCCUUUCUUAUUUUACCAUUUCAGAGAUGUCAUAAACCUCUCACUUUUCUGAUAAGCAAUAACUUAAGACACUCUCUCAGAAUGGACGGCUGUAGAGUUGCAUUUGUUAGACCUCUGAUUAUCAUUCUACUGAGGACUUGCAUUAUGAGCUGGAUUUGUGCUACAGGUUGACAAGCUAAAGACUCAAAGGAAUACAUUAACACAGUUGAUGUGGUAUUAAGAUAUACCUUCUCAACUAAAGGAGACAUAUUAUUUCAUCAAAAAACGAUCCAUUAACUUUUCUUAUUAAUUUGUGAUCUGUUUCUUGAGAUUUACACAAUAAGGACUCUAGCUUUCUUUAAUUUGUGGUCUUGCACACUACUGGUGGUACUCAUCUACCUAUGUAGAUCACAGAAAAUCCUUUGUGUUUCAUAUGUAUUUUAUAGGGUAGUGACUUUGACUUUGAUUUUACAGCAUUCAAGGGCUUAGUUAAAUUACGUUUCUCCUGGAGAAAACCUGGUGUGUUGUAAUGAAGUGAUUUAUAAUUUCAUUUGCUGAGCUGAAGCAAAGCCCUUAUAGAAAGGCUAUAAUAUCAUUGACAAUGAGUUCAAAGGAUUUUCGAGAACUGCAGUCUCUUGAACCUGCUGGUAUUCGUUUAUUGAGCUGCUUCGUACCACCUCUAGUAUUGGUUAUGACAUUCUCAAUUUAAAAAAUUGACUUCAUUUCAGAUCAAAAUGUGUUUGAUAACAGACUGAUUUGUUUGGAUUUGAUUUAUUUGGUAGCCAUUUGUUGGAUUUUCUUUCAGGUGAAGGAAGUCAAAAUUACAUGUAGGCUUACUGGGCUCAAGGGAACCAUUUAACUAAGUACAUCAAAUCAAGGAACAGUGCUGGAUAAGACUCCGCACCGCUUCUGUCGUCCUGAAGGAUACUCACAGAUGUUAUGAAGAACAUUUUUAGUUGUGUAUUCAUUAUUAUCACAGCUAUUGUAUGUUUUAGAUAAGACCAAAUUUACUAGAGCACAGUAGCUACUUAAAAUCCCUUGUCCAGUGUAAGAAGAAAUGGAAUUUUGAAUCAUGAUCCAUCGAUCGCCUAAAAUCAGAAACUGGAUUUGUAAUCCUGGUUACAGUUAUCUACUGAACUUGAGUUUAAGAAGCCUGCAUGUAAACAGAGAAAGGAAAAAUUCUACAAGUACACCAUCACAAUCACUGUAAACAACCUCACCACUUUCCAAGGAAGUGAAUGAAAGUAAGUGGGCUUUACAAACUGCAAAUGCCUUAAUGUUAAAGAGUUUUGGAUGAUGAUGACUAAGAGCCUCUCUGGAAAUUUGGGUUUGUCUAUGCAGAUGAAAUGUAUUUUGGGUUCUAUACUGUACAUGUAAGCCUUAUUUUAGUGCUAUUUGCACAUGUAUAUUGUAGUAAAUAAGAAAACAUCUAUGCAAAUUCUAAGUAAUAUUAUUGGGGAGAGAUUUUACUACAUUAUAUUUCUUAGAUGGGGAAGGGUAUUUAAAUGUUUUAGUUUUUUUAUAGAGAGCAAUCAAACUCACCUAUUUUUUACGUAAAAAUCUGAAAAUUGUUUUGUGAAGAAGCAUGCCCUUUAUGUUUUACGUGCUUUUCAUUUUGUAAGUAUAAUGUUGAGGAGUAUUGUACAGAGGGGCAAAAGACCUUAAUGUGAAUUCAGUUCAACAAGAAGGUCUGCCUCACUUUUAAUACAUGAAAAUUUCAAACUGAUCCAGUUGACAGAACUUUAAACUCAAUGUCGGUUAUUACAAAAUAUCAAAUGCAAUUUGUCCAAAUAUAACCAUAGAAGGUUGGUUCCUUGAUUUUAACCAGGAUUUAUACUGACAUGAAGAAGUCCAUUUGACAAAGUACAAUAAAUAUUUAAAAUGUG